AUUUACAUCAGAAGUUUGGGAGGCUGUUUAAAGUAACGUGCUAGGAUCAAAGUUUUAAACUUUGUGUUAUGGCAGCAUCUGUUGGAGAUGAUGAACUGCGACAGGCAUUGAAAAGUCUUGGCUUCGACCCUGGACCUAUAACCGGAACUACAAGAUCUGUGUACGUAAAAAGCUUGAGAAACUUCAAAAGGAGAGAAAAUCCUCAAUUGCGAGCUCAGCUCCCAAAGUAGUCCCACAAGCUCCCAGUCAGACGUUUAAGCCGCGUAAAUCAGUAAACACAAGAACCGAAAAAGAUAACGUCGCCGAUCCAAUGCACCUCAGCGCUCACUCUUCGAAUCCAAUCAGCAGCAGAGGUUCCCAUGUCAUCAGUCAAAACCAAACUGCAACUGAAAAGACUCAGGAUAAUGGGACUGAAGAGGACAGGAACUUCACCUCGAAAUCGUACUCAAACACCAAAAUUCAGUCUUUUAGAAAUAACGUAAUGGAUUUAUCUGAACCAUACUCUGACCUGUUUCCAAGUUCCCCUCCAAAUGAACCAUCUUUUCCUAAGGCUACGAGCAUGAUUCAUAGUAACACACGCAUUGUCACUUCAGCAGUGUCUCCACGACAGCAAAUUCCUGUGCGGAGAUUUUCGCGGGAUUUGACACAGAACACCUUAGACUGCACACCAGCUAGGAAAACAUAUAUUUAUAUCAAGGAAGAUUCUGCAGCUGAGGAUGAUACAGACGAAGAAUCUGAAAAAUCAAGUCCGGUUGCAUCGACUUUGUCUAGAGUUGCUGGCUGGCUAAACCGAAGUGCUCAUGAAUUCACCAAACCAAAAUCUCCUGGGAAUCAGUCUGUUUAUCGAAAAUCCAAGCCUCGUUCGCCUUAUUCUAUGCAUAAUGAUCACCUACAAAUAUCAGACACAGACAAUUCCGAUAUUGAAAACUCUGGACGUAGUCCAUUCUUCAAGAAGCUGUACACUUCUCCACUCAGGAACGUGAAAUCACGAGAUGCUGGAAUAACGACGUCUCCUGGCCUUCUACUCACUCCACCAUCUUCCCGAAGGUUCGCUAAAUCCGCAUAUCAUGAUAUUUCUGUGCUUUCUGAGGAUGCCGAUACAGAUGACCCUGUUGACAGCGAGAAACAGUAUUGUCAGGAGAAAAAUGUUACUCGUCCUUUAUUCGGAAAACAUUUUUCAUGGAAUGUUUCGCAAAUUCCCAACUUAAUACUUGUUUCCAGUAUAUGCUUACUUAUUGUGUUGUUAGCAAGUUACUUGUUCUUGAAGGAUCAUCAUGGCGAAGUUGGCAAAAUGGCAGGUGUACAGAAACUGCUUUGUCGAUCUUUGGAGGAUCUAAAUGUUAGUUUUGCAAAAGGCUUACAUCGCUGUCUUCGUGAAGAUGAUUUAACUGAAUCCUUAUCAGUUCUUGGCAUCCUGUACGAUAUUCUCAGUCGAUAUGCUGGAGAGUUUCACUGUAAAGUUGGGGUGCUGACUAGUCCUCGUCUCUCAGUUUCUUCCGCUGAAGGUUUGGUUGAGCGCAAUUUACAAAUGAAAGGUUGGCCAACAUUUGCCAGGACUAGUUUUCGUCGUGUAUGGGAUAAUACAUUAUAUGUGCUGUUACACGUUGGGAAGACACAUUUCAAUCUUAUUGCUGUUGAUGCUGCUAAGUCCGAACUAGGACCGUUCAGUCGAGUAGAGCAAAUAGUUGAACUUGAGAGUCUUAGGCCAUAUUUUCCUGGUCUUUGUCGCCUCCGUCAGUGGUUUCAAUGGUUCACUGGUGUCUUCAUAACUGUGUUUUGGAUCACGUUAGUUUGCUCGGUGAUUUUUGGAAUCGGUUAUGGAGUGUAUCUACUGCGCUCUAAGCGACUACACUCCUUAGAACGCCGGGCUUGCCGAAUUAGAGAGUUAGUGGCGGAAGUUGUGUAUUUGUUACAAAAUCAGUUACGAGAAAAUGAAGCUAAUCCUAACCAGCCUCCAUAUAUUCCCGUCCACAGAAUACGCGACCACCUACGACAAAAGCAUCACGAUGUAGAUCAGUUGUGGUCUGAAAUUGUGCGCUAUGUUUACGAAGUGGAAACUUGUAUCGGUGUUCAAGAAUGGAGAGGCGUUGGUGAGACAUGGCAGUGGCAAAGUGGUACAGGUUGGCAGGGUUCAGGUAAGCCUUAUUUGAUGAAUGCAUAUGUAAAUAUGCCAUUUCGUGACAAUGGAUUACUUUUAACUGAUAUAAGGGGAUAAUGAGCAAAGUUACGAGCACGCUUGUCAUCGAUAAGCUUUCGUUCAAAAUUUAAUUGAGCAUUUCUUAUCUCUUCUUUCGUUUUUGAAUUAUGUAUAAACUUUCUGAUUUAUCAGUUAUCUUUGUCUAUUGACUUUUAUUUUCUCAUCUCAUGCAACUUAUAACCUAAUGUUUAUACUCAGAAUAGGCUCGCAUUUUAUGUUAUGUAUGCAAUAAAUCGAUUAUUUUAUCAGUGAUAACUCUUGUGAUAGACUAUCGGUAUUUAGUGGAACUGAAUUAAGUAGGUAGUGAGUUGGGAUUGGUAAAUUUGGUUGGAAUAAGAUUUUCAUUGAAUUUAGAAACAGAUCGACGCUUAUGGGUUUAGGAUGAUCACUCUUAGUUUUAAUUUGCCAUACUUCAUAUCAGUAUAAAAAAUUUGGAAGCCAGUAAUAGAGAAAUAAUAGUAUGUUAUCCUAGAUAGAAAUAAGACAAAAUUACGAGGUGAAAAUGCGUAGGGCUUUCAAGAUUUUUAUCGUAAUAAUAUAUUGAGGUAUCUGCGGACACACAAUCAUUUAGUUGUCAGCAGAUGAUAUCGCGUGUAUCGCCGGUUUUGAUCAGGAAGCAUACAUGACUCAAACCAAGUCUGGUUCUCUGCAUAGUUAUAUCAUGCAUAAGUUUGACCCUUUUCCAGUCUCACCGUAUGAAUGACAUGAUGCAUCUUGGUAAGCUUUAACAUCCUGGUAAUUCUAAAUAAUCUGAUUUUUAUUGUGAGGCUGGAGAGAAUUACAGACAGGUAACCAGUUUGGCAUGGUUCAUGAUAGUCUGUAUUCUUAAUGAUAGGUUCAUUUUUGAAACUUUCUAGAACGAUUCUACUAUGGAAGCCCAGGGUUGUAAACUCGUUUUUGCGAUGGCAGUAUCUGCAGCAGAAACUUUCUGUUUUGUUUGUCACACAAAAAUCUUCUGCUAACAGUAGACCGCUAAGAUCUCACCUCAAAUUUCUGCUCAGUUGCAAUUUUUUCUGGCCACUCUUCAAAUCUAUUGACGUUCCAACGCAAACCUGGUGGAUCAGUCCUUUCCCCGAACAGGAAGCAUCCCAGCAACACAUCCACAUGAGAAUGAACAUUCUUACCAGAACAUUUUGUUAACACCCCUGAAAUAGAUCAGGUUUCAACGCAUCCGUAUCCGCUGGGUAAUCAGUUUUGAUUGUACCCACCUCCCUGUGGACAGAAGUGAAUGGAACGCGUCUCACAGAAGCCUACAAUACCUUACAGGCUGAAUGCAGUUCACCCUCCCGAAAAGAAAUCCCUCUCGAAAGCCUGACCCAUGAACUCAUAGUGCUGAUAGAUUUACAGCGAUGGUUCUCUUUGAACUACUGAUGUACAUUCAAGGCUAAAACUGACAACACUUGGAUUUCAGACUGAAUAUUGCUUGUCUUCGCAAGGUAAAAUACAUCCGAUCUGUUGGGAAAAGCCUCAACAACAAUGACUACCGGAACUAGGAGGCUGGAUUCACUGUCUUCGGUUGCACUGUCUUCAUCUCACAGAGCGGAACCCUGACGGUAUAUAAGACCGUUUGUGCUUUAGAGGUCGUUUCUUCAGAUCUUAUCCAUAUGAAUCUCGUCUACUGUGGUUCUUACCAAGUCAACUUGACGUUGUUUUCGUUAACUACCCAGUGGGGUCACGUGGAGGCUCACCGUCGUAUUCAGAUGGGCUUGACAAGCAAUCUCUGUUGCGCAUAACACCUCAGGUUUCACGAGCCAACGCCUUUUAACCGCACUGUGUAGAGCUUCACGUUGAUACCCCAACACCUAUCUAUGGAGAUAAUGUUUACUGCAAUACAGCAAAAGCCAGAAGCGAUUGAUCUUCCUUCUGUGAGAUCAUUUUUCGUACUGAUAAAUUAUAACUCAGUAGUCCUACCUUCUAUGCGUACUUUGAGGAUCCUGUUAAAAUACCUCCUGCACAAAGAGGUUCCUUUGCAUUGGAUCAAAGAAUGCAUGACAGCCUUUCGUCAGCUGAAGUCUAUGUGAUCAUCCGAACUUUUGUCGACCCCUUAUGAUCCAUUGUUGCCAAUCAUUAUAACAGCGAGUGCUUCAUCUCCUGGUGUCUGAAGUUUUGGCUCUUCACGUCUUUGGGGAUGGGAAAGGGAAGGCCAUCAUAUGUGCAUCCCAAUCGCUGUCUAUCACAGAUCGGAAAUAUAGUUAAAUUGAGAAGCCUUGACCAUUGUUUUCGCUAUCCGUCGCUUUUACAAGCUUGUCCUUGGCCACAAAUUUACGCUUUUUCCAGAUCAUAAGUCAUUGCUUACUGUUUCUGGAUCUAAAUCUGUUCAUACCCAUUCUGUAAAUCGUCUUCAACGGUGGGCCCUAACUUAGAUAUAAACAAGGAUAAGAUUUUACAGUGUGCAAUCCCUUUUUUUCUCAUCCGAUGAUUGAAAGAAACGUCCACAGGUGAUCUACUAAGACUACAUCGCCGCCAAAGCUCCAUAUGUAUCGUAAAUGAAUGACCAAUAUCUGGAGACCCAGCCGUUUUCCCCACAUCGCUACCUGACCGAAUCUUACAUCAAUUUCACUCGGGUCACCCUGGUAUUGGGCUCAUGACGUCAACCGCUCGUUGCUACGCGUAUUGCCUACGGAUAGAUCAAUAAAUUACAGACGAUGUCAACCGGUGCGCAGAAUGUCAACAACCUGCAAAGCAUCCUCUACGACUACCACUAAUUCUCUGACCAGAUCCAGAACGUCCAUGGUCGAGAAUUCAUGUUGACUUUUCCGGCCCCAUUGAUGGAAACCAUUACCUUAUUUUGGUAGACGCUUACUAGAAGUGAUCAGAAGUCGCAGUUAUCAACCCACCAAAUACCAUGAGAAUGUUAAAAACCCUCUCGGUGUCUUCCGCUAUCAUGAGCUCUCGGAAAAUGUUGUCACGGAAACGACCCUCAGUUUGCCUCUACUCAGUUCAAAGGCUUUUGUCGUUGAUGUGCUAUAUUACACGUACUAUCUCCACCAUACCACCUGCAAUCGAAUGGACAAGCGGAACGUUUCGUCGAUGCGUUAAAUAGGGUUUCACUUAAAGCACGGCGUAUGUAUGGAAGGUACGUGAUUGGACAUAAUUCAAAACCUGCUGCUUAUGAAUCGAACAACAACAACGGACUCACUCCCAGAUCAUCAAAGUUCAGAAGUGUUAAUAUGCCGGAAAUUAAUGCCGAAAGAUUGACCGAAAAGGUUACCAUCUUGUCAAAAUUGUUUUGGGAACGAAUCGCCAGUAUUCGCCACAGACUACCGACUAGGACAUAAAAAGUGGAUAGAAAACGUAAUUAUCGGCAGAUGUGGAUGCGUAGUGGGAAUAGAAACCGGAACGCGACAUAACCAACUACGAUACACUUCGCAGCCAACCGAAGAAAGAAAACCCAACACCAUCUCACCAGAAGUCCUACUGGAUACGUUCGCGGUACCAAGCGUAGAAACUGCUCGAAAACCAAAUAAUUCGAAUCAACAAAGAACUCCCACCCUGACAUUGGUUAAAUCGGCCCAGAAAAUGGACAACGGUUGCAGGUGCAUUCUAAGUAGUAAACCCAUUGUUUUAGACAAAAGUUAACUUAUAGUAUGCGUAUAUUAUCAUCAUUGUGAAAUUUAAACCUUACUUUCGCGACUUCUACGCUCCACGCAAUGUUACUUAUUAUUACCGUGGUUUAAGAUACUAAACUGUUUGGUUCAUUUUACACCCCAAGUGUACUGUUUUAUGUUUUCUUGUCAAGGCCCUUGUAAAGGUGUAUAAAUGAUGGGGUUUUCAGCUAUAAUCGCAUCAUUCGGUUGAAGUAAGUGUACUUCUAGUCCCAUCGUCUUCUUCUGGUGUGAGUUGAAUAUCGUGUUGUGAAAUCAUUGUUCUAUCGUCAAUCAAAUCGCAUCAAAGCAUCGUAUCGUUCAUAUACACGGCAGAUCAAAACACACAUCCGCUUUUUAAUGAUCAUACACUGUGUUGAUUCAUCUUUCUAUCUGCUAUUAAGAAUUAGCAGGUUAUGUUAUAAGGUUUUGCAUGUAGAUGUCAUCAUAAUAUUGGAUCGAUUCUCAUUUGUGUCCACUAAAUCUUUAUUCUAGUGAUGAUGCCUUAUUAUUUCAGAUGUAGAUAUGCAGCGUUUCUUGAUGUCUUCGUCUCCCUCACAGGAGCAGUGGACCUAGAUUUCAUUUGUUUCAGUGUCCAUCUCAACUUACAUCUGUCAACUUGAAGAAAAUCG